GUGUGUGUGUAUGUAUGUGUUCCGUUUCCCAUGGCGAACAUGAGCAGCAGUGUGUGCAUGGAGACUCCACACACUCACGGCCACGCCCACAGCUACACGCCCACCACAGGCCGGGACUUUUCCCUGCAGAUGGAUUCGUGCAUGAACCCGGUGCUGGACUACAGCGCUCAAAUGGAACGCUACCGCUCCUUUGCUAACUUUUACAAAAACGGGGCCGCUCCGUUUCCUCAGGCGGCAAAAAUCGCUCGCUUGGCCACACCCAUUUUCCCAUCACCAAUGACACCCUGGUCAUGUGACAAUGGAAUGCUCUGGGGCCGUAAGCCACCCGCUGUGAAUGUCAAUGUCAAUGUGAAUGUCAACGGGGCUCACACACAUGCUCAUGCACACCGGACCGCCAUGCCUCGGGCGGAGCCACUUAAUGUGCACAUGCCCUCCAAGAUGUCCACUGACAACUUCCUGUCUCCGCUCAGUCAGGUGGGCGGAGCUGAGUGCAUGAACCGCCUCAAAGUGCCACAACAGAGCAGUGGAAGUGGCGGAGGAGGUGGAGCUGGUGAGGCUGAAAGGGGUGGGGCAACGUUCGGAGGGUUUGCGCUACCCCCCGGAGUUAUCGUCAUGACGACACUGCACUCAGGGGCAGGCUCAUCAGUGGCAACGAUGACGGACAGCGCAUUUCAGAUCGCUGCCGACUGCCAGCACAGUAGCUCCGCAUCCUGCUCUGGCUCUAAUGCUAGCACUAGCGCUACUGUCAGCACUAACGCAAGCUGCAGUGGUGGAGCAGCAAAGAGGAAGAGGAAGCGGUGCGGCGUCUGCGCUCCCUGUAGGCGGCUAAUCAACUGCGGCGUGUGCAGUUCUUGCCGGAACAGGAAGACGGGUCACCAGAUCUGCAAGUUCAGGAAGUGUGAAGAGCUGAAGAAGAAACCAGGGAGCACGGUGGAGAGAGCCUCAUCCGUGGGAGCAGCAGACACGUUCCGCUGGUUCUUCUAAGAGAAGGAAAUCCCAGAACAUAGACUGUAUACACACACAGAUGGACACACACACACACACACACACACACACACACACACACACACAGGAGUGCAACAGUGCAGACACUGUGCCCCAUCUUUAACACUAACACUUCCAACUUUAAGUGGCCCUUCAGCUCUGUAUGGAAGAGAGACACAGUGAAUCUGCAAGACAGGAACUGGAGCUGAGAGGAGCGCUGUGUUUGGCUGUCAUGGCUGUCUGUCUCCACUGGACUCUUUCUCACUAUUAGACAUUUUGGGACAGAUUUGAGAUAAAGAUCAGAAGUGUCUGAUUGGAGGAGGUGGGUGUAAGCCAUGCCCCCCAGAGGACGUUCUGGACUCUUGACACAUCACACACUUCACUGUUGCAUGGGUAGAAAAAAAACAAAAAACUGUAUGUUUUGGUUUGACCUGAAGACUUUAAUGACUUUGUACAUUGCUGUUGUGAUGCCUUACUGUCUUGAUUAAUAAAAGACUGUUAGGAUAAACCACACCCCAUUUUAAUUAG